AGACUACACCAGCAUUGCCUUACCACCUUGCCCCAGAUCGUUCGCAUGGAAACCCAAUCCAUCAACCAGCCCUACCAAAAUGCUAUCCAUCCCCAACCCCCUACCUCUUCACCUCAAACUCCCCGACGACCCCGAGACCGUCGCCCUCCUCAACCGCGUCGUAGUCUACACCGCCGUGAUCCUGUAUCACACCAUCUGGCACGCGCCGACCUACCACAUCAAAUUCGCCAAGAACACCACCUCCCUCACCUUGCACAUCGCCACCGGCCUCCUCGAGUACUUCCGCUACUGGCUCGCCCAGGCGCAGACUGCACACCCGCAGCCCAUCCUUCCCGAUGAGCUGGACGUGCUGAGCAGCGUGAUCUGGUCGGGGACGAGCUUCGUGCUGCUGCGCACGCUCCGCCGCGGCGAUCCCCGCACGACCCGCCCGCCCUACCAGGCCGCCGCGUGCCUGCGGCCCCUUGCCACGGUAGCGGCCUAUGCGUUCCGCCUCCCGAGUCUCCAUACCCUCAGCGUGUACGCAUUAGAAGGGUUCGUCUGGACGCGGCUGGCGAUUUUCUACUUCUCCCGCACGCCGUACCUGCGCGGCGUGGUCAAGGAUAGCACGGUGUAUGCGAUCUCGGUGCCGUUGGCGGCGGUGUUCAGUGUGCAUCAGAGCCAGGUGCCGGGGGCGUCGUUGGGGUUUGUGCUGGCCAUGGCGUAUAUCAAGCAGUUGAAUGAGUGGGUGACGCUGCGGUCGAGGUGUUUGAGGGAUCCGCAGACGAAGGAUGAUGUGUCGGUUUGGGAAAGGUAUUUGGUGGUCGGGCUGCGGACAUUAGGGUUCGUGGAGUUGGAUGAAUUGCGCGCGGUUUCAGAAGAACAGGCCUUGGAGAAGAAGCUGAAUGACCAGUAUGUUUCUGAGACGCAGAGCUGA